AUGACUACCUCCAACGACUCCGAUAAACCAUAUAUCCCACUUGCUGGCCUAGCCGAAGAUGGCUGGUCCGAAGGAGAUAAAGCGACAGCCACUUGCUAUUGCGGCGCUGUACAGUUAUCAUUUCCAACCGAGGGUCCUGGAUUAGUCGACACAUUCGUUUGCCAUUGCACAGACUGCCGAAAAAUCACAGCAUCGAUGUUUGCAUCCAACUUCAUUGUCACAAACUCUCAUCUCGUGCAUGUACGAGGCCAGGAGAAAUUGAGCACAUUUAGUCAGUCGAAAACAAUAGCUUCCGGGAAGGCCAUGACGAAUUAUUUCUGUUCAAAAUGCGGAUCCCUUAUGUACCGGGUUGGCGAAGCAUAUCCAGGAAGCAGUAUUUUGCGUCUUGGAACUGUGGAUGAUUUCAAAUUACAUGAGACAAAGUUGAAGCCGAGGGUCGAGCAAUAUACGAAAGAUCGUGUGGAGUGGUUACAUGAUGCAGAUGGUAUCAAACAGGUGCAGGGUUCGGCCUUUAAACCACGAAUCAACCUGUAG